AUAGUACAUUUUAUAUAAUAGGUAUAUUUUUUUAUACAACGUAUGGAAAACUAAACUUUUUAGUGCAAGUUGUUCUUGAAAGAUGCGCUUUUCGCACAGAAUGUUGAAAAAUAUAUAUUUCUAUGGUAAAAUGAAUCAUCCCAAAUACUGUUUGUAUAAAAUUUGUAUUCACUUAAAUCAUUUCAUUCUACUUUCUUCUGCAAGUAUAACAAAAAGAAGUCAUUGUGGUAGAUAUUCUAAAUUAGAUUCCAAUGGAUUUAAAGAGCAUUUAUUAACGGGCAAAGAAACACGGAUUUAGUUAACAACAAUUCAGAAUCGACUUACCAUGAGCUCGGAGGAUUCAAUCAGGCAAGAUAACAAACAAAUUCCACUGGCUGAGCCACCUUGUCAAGUUAACAAUGGUGUCCCAGUGUUACCAGUCCGUCCUACGCACGACAGACCAGGUCGAUUAACAAAUCAACUUGAUUUCAUUAGCAAAAAUGUAUUCAAGCCUGUAUGGAACCAUCGAUUUGCAUGGCCCUUUGAACAGCCAGUUGACGCAGUGAAACUUAAUUUGCCUGAUUAUUACAAGAUUAUAAAGAAUCCCAUGGACCUAGGAACAAUAAAGAAACGUUUGGAGAAUCGAUACUACUGGAGCGCAAAAGAAUGUAUAAGGGACUUCAAUCAAAUGUUCACCAAUUGUUACACAUACAAUAGUUCAAACGAGGAUGUAGUCUUAAUGGCGCAACUCCUUGAAAAGACCUUUCUUACGAAUAUCGCACAAAUGCCGAAAGAAGAAGUGGAAAUUAAAUCUUCGAAUGUAUAAAUAACUUACUCUAUCAGUGAUGACCGCGAGUGUAUUCAGAAUUUAUACCCAACUCGAACGAAUUAACGUAUAAAAUGACAUCGAAUAACUGUUGUAAGAAAGACUUGGUCUAGUUACGUUUCAAUAAUAUGACAGAAAUAUUUAUUUCAUAAGAUAGGACAUUUCUUAAAUUGUCAUAUUUUUAUUAUUUUUUAAAUAAAAUAAAUUACGCGACACUCGACUUUUGUACUGACGUUAGAAAACAUUUUCGUGAAAAAAGUUGUAGGCCAUUUUUUAUACUUGUAUAAACUACGUAAAAUCCAUGUGGUUAUUUUUAUUAAUAUUACAAAGUUAAAAACUAUAAUAGAGUUUACUGAAUAAUGUUUUAUUUUCACUUUAUUUAAUUUAGAACAGUUUUUGUGUAGAAAUACAUACUACUUUGUCCUAGCCUAGAAAAGAUUCGAAACUUUUAUUUUGUAUAAGAUAUGAAAUAAAGUGCCAAUGUUAAGAAAGCAAUUAACAUUUACUUUUUGGCUCAUAUUUUAUUAGCGAAUAAGAACAUUUUUGUUAUCAAAAUUGUCAGACGCGAUAAUGAAAUAAUUAUAUAACAAAUUAAAAUUACGUAAUAAGUAGCAUUCCAUGGCUUUACUGUUAAUUAUUUCACCGUUUUCAAAAAUUUCUAUUGCAUAUUUUAAUAUUUACAAAGUCUUAGUGAACUGAGAUUUAAAUCAAGAAGAUUAUUUGUUAUAUAAAAUAUUUCAUUUUAAUUCAAGUGUUAAAACCGUCUUUUGUAUAAU